AUUUUCAUGAUUGUUUCCUGUUUAAUUCAGUAGGAUUCAUCUCUGACUUUUGGCAAGGUGUUUGCUUUGUCAAAGUUUUUUUUUUUUCUUGCUUUUUUGGCGAUUGGAAAGCGUUUAUGGUGUUGAAGGUGAUUUUUGAUAUUCAGCAGUGGAGAGAUGAGUAAACGAUUCAGUGAAUUUGGGAAGACUUCCUCUGCUAAUUUAAGGAAAUUGCAUGAGCUAUUGCUCAAGAAUGAUAAUCGUGUAUGUGCAGACUGUGGUGCUCCGGAUCCCAAAUGGGCGUCAGCUAAUAUCGGAGUAUUUCUCUGCACAAAAUGUAGCAGUAUUCACAGAAGUCUUGGCCCAGAGAUCUCAAAGGUUAUGUCGGUAACUUUAGAUCCAUGGGAUGAUGAUGAUAUCGAUUCUAUGGUUGAGGUUGGUGGAAACUCUUCUGCAAAUUCGAUCUACGAGGCUUUUCUCCCUAAAGGAGUUUCCAAGCCAAAGCCGAAUGCUAGCAAUGAGGAGAGGACGAAUUUUAUCAGGUCCAAAUACGAAUUGCAGGAAUUCUUAAAACCAAGCUUACGUAUUGUCUCAUCUAAGAGCUCUUUCAAAUCCUGCGACUCGAGAAAGGAUUUGGAUAUUGUUUUUGAUUCAAGAAGCUCACGAAAAGAACCGAGCGUUGACGAGAUCAUCGGAACAUUGAAAGUGAAAGUUGUCAAGGGCACAGACCUGGCUGUUAGGGAUAUGUUAUCAAGUGAUCCUUAUGUCAUUUUAACACUCGGAGACCAGAAAGUCAAGACAACCGUGAUAAAAAGCAACUUAAAUCCUGUCUGGAAUGAGGAGCUUCAGAUAUCAGUCCCUCAUCGAUAUCGUCCCUUGAAACUGCGAGUAUUUGACCAUGAUUUGUUCUCCGCCGAUGAUAUAAUGGGUGAAGCGGAGAUUGACCUCCAACCAUUGCUAACCGCGGCAAUGGCAUUCGGUGAUCCACAGUUGCUCGGAGACAUGCAGAUUGGAAAAUGGUUGAAAUCAAGUGACAAUGCUCUGAUCAAAGACAGUAUAAUCAAUGUUGUGGAUGGAAAGGUGAAACAAGAUGUUUCACUCAAAUUGCAAAAUGUGGAAUGUGGACAGAUAGAAUUAGAGUUGGAAUGGGUUCCUAUUAAUGAAUAGAUUUUUGAGUAUAAUUUAUCUAUUGGAUUAUCUUUGCUUGUAAAAUAUGUCAAUCUGGUUUGAUCAAUUAAUCUGAGUUAAAUUUUUUUUU